AGAGCCGCGGAUCCGCGAGCCCGACCCGGGUUUGGCGCUGAGGUGGCCGCGGCGGCGCAGAUGGUUCCCGAGCCCGGGAGGCCUGGGGAGCCACCCCGCCGUAGCUGUCAGGGAUCCGUGCCGUGACCCACGCGGGGACCGCGCGCUUCGGGCAGGCUGCCCGGCACCAUGUCAGGAAGCCACACGCCUUGUGCCAGUGGCCCCUUCUCAGCCCUGACUCCGAGCAUAUGGCCCCAGGAGAUCCUGGCCAAGCCCACGCAGCCGGAGGAGUCGGGCGAGGCGCUGGAGUUCUGCUAUGAUGAGUUUGGCUUCCGAGUGGACAGGGAAGGCGCCGAGCCGGGGGGCGGCCGGCCGGCAGGGUGGCCCCCCGAGGAAGACGCCCCGCAGAGGCUGCGGUGGCAGGCCCACCUGGAGUUCACCCACAACCACGACGUGGGGGACCUCACCUGGGACCAGAUCGCCGUGUCCCUGCCGCGCUCCGACAAGCUCCGCUCCCUGGUGCUGGCUGGCAUCCCCCACGGCAUGCGGCCGCAGCUGUGGAUGCGGCUGUCGGGGGCGCUGCAGAAGAAGAGGAGCUCGGAGCUGACGUACCGGGAGAUGGUGAAGAACAGCUCCAACGACGAGACCCUCGCCGCCAAGCAGAUCGAGAAGGACCUGCUGCGGACCAUGCCCAGCAACGCCUGCUUCGCCUCCACGAGCAGCAUCGGGGUGCCGCGCCUGCGCAGAGUCCUCCGCGCGCUCGCCUGGCUCUACCCCGAGAUCGGCUACUGCCAGGGCACCGGCAUGGUAGCCGCCUGCCUCCUGCUGUUCCUGGAGGAGGAGGACGCCUUCUGGAUGAUGUGCGCCAUCAUCGAGGACCUGCUCCCGGCCUCCUACUUCAGCACCACGCUGCUGGGCGUCCAGACGGACCAGCGGGUGCUGCGCCACCUCAUCGUGCAGUACCUGCCGCGCCUGGACCAGCUGCUCCAGGAGCACGACAUAGAGCUGUCCCUGAUCACGCUGCACUGGUUCCUCACGGCCUUCGCCAGCGUGCUGCACGUCCGGCUGCUGCUGCGCAUCUGGGACCUGUUCUUCUACGACGGCUCCCUGGUGCUGUUCCAGGCCACGCUGGGCAUGCUGCGCCUCAAGGAGGAAGAGCUGAUCCAGUCCGAGAACUCGGCCUCCAUCUUCAACACGCUGUCGGACAUCCCGACGCAGAUGGAGGACGCGGAGCUGCUGCUGGGGGAGGCCAUGCGGCUGGCCGGCUCCCUCACGGCCGUGGCGGUGGAGACCCAGCGCCGCAAGCACCUGGCCUACCUGAUAGCGGACCAAGGCCCCCUCGGGGGCCCCGGCACCACCCCCAGCCUCUCUCAGGUCGUCAAGCGCAGGACCCAGCGCAGGAAGUCCGCCAUCACCUCCCUGCUUUUCGGAGAGGACGACCUGGAGGCGCUCAAGGCCAAGAACAUCAAGCAGACGGAGCUGCUGGCGGACCUGCGCGAGGCCAUCCUGCGCGUGGCGCGCCAUUUCCAGUGCACGGACCCCAAGAACUGCAGCAUGGAGUUGACCCCCGACUACAGCAUGGAGAGCCACCAGCGGGACCACGAGAACUACGUGGCCUGCCUGCGCAGCCACCGGCGCCGGGCCAAGGCCCUGCUGGACUUCGAGCGGCACGACGACGACGAGCUGGGCUUCCGCAAAAACGACAUCAUCACGAUCGUGUCUCAGAAGGACGAGCACUGCUGGGUGGGCGAGCUGAACGGCCUGCGAGGCUGGUUUCCAGCCAAGUUCGUGGAAGUCCUCGACGAGCGGAGCAAGGAGUACUCCAUCGCGGGGGACGACUCUGUCACCGAGGGGGUCACAGACCUCGUCCGCGGGACCCUCUGCCCAGCCCUCAAGGCUCUGCUUGAACACGGACUCAAGAAGCCGUCGCUGCUCGGGGGCGCCUGCCACCCCUGGCUGUUCAUCGAGGAGGCCGCGGGCCGCGAGGUGGAGCGAGACUUCGACUCCGUGUAUUCCCGCCUGGUGCUCUGCAAGACGUACAGGUUGGAUGAAGACGGCAAAGUGCUGACCCCGGAGGAGCUGCUCUACCGGGCCGUGCAGUCCGUGAACGUGAGCCACGACGCGGCGCACGCGCAGAUGGACGUCAAGCUCCGCUCGCUGAUCUGCGUGGGGCUCAACCUGUCCCCAGUGAGCAGGUGCUGCACCUGUGGCUCGAGGUUCUCUGCUCCAGCCUGCCCACCGUGGAGAAGUGGUACCAGCCCUGGUCCUUCCUGCGCAGCCCCGGCUGGGUCCAGAUCAAGUGUGAGCUCCGGGUCCUCUGCUGCUUUGCCUUCAGCCUCUCCCAGGACUGGGAGCUGCCCACCAAGAGAGAGGAGGAGAAGCAGCCGCUGAAGGAGGGCGUUCAGGACAUGCUGGUGAAGCACCACCUCUUCAGCUGGGACAUCGACGGCUGAUGCCCGGGCCUCCGGGGCCCCCCACCACACACACACAC